UCCUGUGGGAGGGGGAGUUUGACGGGAUUCCUGGUCUUAUUAGCAGGUGAAUCGAGACAGUUAAAAAAAAAAGACGAAGCAGAGACCGCUGACCGAGAACCUACCAAUCGAAGAUCCUUUGCUCCAUGGAGAACCAGCGCCUUGGAGGGUUUACUCUCCAACGUCGUUGCGGUGGCAGAAGCCAUUGUGUGUUUAAACCAAGCCCAGCGCUCUGCUGCACUAGACAAGAGGUUGUUUUAUAGAAUCGAUCUUGAUAAAAAUAGAAUGUUGUCUUUGUCUUCCCCUCCCUUGAACCUGACUGGCUGA